AUGAAUUUUUUAUCACCGACUUUGGUUUUUAUUUUCGCUCUUAAUUCCUGGUCCUUAAAAUUUUCCAUUUCUGAGUACCCAUGGAUUAAAGCCUGUCGUGUUUGGGAGAGAGACUGCGGAAAGCCUAAUCCAAAACAUAUACAGCUAACAUACAUCAAGUUUCUGUACGGGGGUUGUACCCACAUAAUCGGGAAUUUGGUUAUAUGUGGUCUAGAGAAACUUGAAAAUGGAUCCGAUCCUGAUCUUUCUUUUCUUGAAAAGAUUGAAGAUGUGUCUGGUUAUGUGUACAUUGGUCAAAACAGCGUUAAAACGAUAUCAUUACCUUCUUUGAAAGUUAUUCGUGGCGAACCAGGAUAUCGUAUCAUGAAUACUAGUGCUGCACUUGUCAUUAAUCGAAACAGUCUUGAAAUCCUAGAUUUGCGGAGUUUGACGGCCAUUCAACGCAACGAUAUUGUGGCGCUAAAUAAUCAGUUUUUGUGCAACUUUGGUUUCACGGUUGAUUGGGUACAGAUUUUUGAAGACAACAGUAAGCAGAUGUUUAUACCUGAUAGAAAAGAAAAGACAGUUUCUCACGCCGGUUGUGAUAUUGAUCGCACCAAACAUUCCUGUCAUGGUUCCUGUCCUGUGGUAAAUGGACGAGGCUAUUGCUGGGGUCCAAAGCCUGAGAUGUGUCAAAAAAUGCUGAAAUGCGCUAACAAUCUUGAUAACUAUUGUCUUGGUGGUAGAGCGACUACACAACCGUGUCUGGAAGAAUGCUUGGGUGGAUGCGAAACUCGUCCUGGCAAUUGUAGAGCAUGCAAACAUGCGAUGAAUGAUGGCAAAUGUGUAUCACAAUGUCCUCCACCAUUGAUAGUUAGUCGAGAAGAGAGUAGAACUAUUGCGAAUCCAGAAUUCAAAUAUAACUUUCAUGACAUUUGUGUUAAAAAAUGUCCAGCACCAUUUCUGAAAUCAGACAGUUACUGCGUCAUUGAAUGUGACCUGAAUACCCAAAUUCCUGUUAAUGGAACGUGCAAGGACUGUCCAAAAUCUGGAUGUCCUGAACAUUGUAAAGAAGAAACAAUCUUUCUAAAUGGAAGUUUGAAUAUCUUACAAUCAAGUUCACUACGGAAAUUUAAAUCUUGUGUUUAUUAUACUGGUGGUUUGUAUAUAAGUAAAGAAUCUUUUCAAAAAAGUUCACUGUUUCCAGAUCCAAUAGAAGACGUCAAUGAACUCUACAAUUUGUUGAAUCUGAAAUCAAUUGUUGGGUACAUCUAUUUUGAUUUACGUGGAGCUCCAGAAGAAUUAAAAAAUUUAACAUUUCUGGAAAAUCUAGAAUCAGUUGUUUUGGAAGUGAAAAGUCAAUCGCCAGGAGCAGUGAUUACAAUUAUGAACGGAGAACAUAUCGAGUCAUUUGGUUUCAAAUCACUUACUAAUAUUGGUGGUUAUGUAUAUUUGAAGAAUAUGCCAAAAUUAUGUUAUAUUAGUGCGUUAACAAAAAUGUUACCUGUACGUAUGAUAGAUGUACAAGAUGAAGAACUUUGUGCUAAACGUGGUCACGUUUGCCACAGUGAAUGUUUACCAGAACUUGGUUGUUGGGGUGCUGAGGCUAAUAUGUGUGCUCAUUGUUGUGGUUUAAAGGCUGGUGAGUAUUGCGUGUCUCGAUGUACAGAUCAUCCUGGCUUUUAUGAACUUCCAACAUCUUUCAAUCAUUCAAUUCUGGGAAAGACCAAUAAUAAUCCUGUUUGUCGAACUUUACCCUUAACUAAAAGUGACUUGGCAAAAAUGGAUGAACAAGCAAUCAUUGCAUCCGUAGUCCCUUCAGAAACAUGUGCCAUCUGUCAUCCAGAAUGUGCUCAGACAUGUUAUGGUCCUAAUGCAAAUCAGUGUGUUGGAGAAUGUAAGCACUACCAGCAUGGUGAUACCUGCUUACCUGAAUGUCCACAAAAUACAUACGUAGAUCCACAAACCCAUUAUUGUUUACCUUGUAAUGAGUCGUGCAGUCACAUACUGACCACUGGGAAAAAUCACUUAUGUAGUGGCCCAGGGAACUUUCUUGGCUUGGGUGGUUGUGAAACAUGUUGGACAGUUAUACAAGAUAAGACAACAAACAAAUAUCAAUGUCUACCCGAUGAUUGUCCUCCCAAACACUACACAGAAUCUUAUCAAACACAAGAUUUUAUAAACAAAGAAAAUAUCAUUGUAUUUUCUCAUAAUCAAGUUAAAAAAGGUGAACUUGGGGGUAUGAUCCGUGUGUGUAAACCGUGUCAUCCAUUUUGUGAUUUAUGUACAGCAAACGGAACACAUGCAUCUAUAUGUCAUAGUUGUACUCAUUGGUGGUUUAAAUCAGAAUGUGUAGAGGUUUGUCCACCCGCGGAAACAUAUUCACUAGCGGGAUCUGAUAAAGAGUCGGACAAUGAAGAAAAUGAUUUAAUUACUCUUAGUAACAAUACCCAGUUCUCAUCAAAUCAAUUAAAAGAAUUCACUUUUCUAUCUAACGUUUCUGCCACCACUAACGCUAACAUUGAUGCCAAUCAACAAGAAUACAAAACGUCCUCACUAGCAGCUCCAGUAUUUCUAAUUAAAUUGAAACGUUCACAGCGUCGAUGUUUGCUCUGUCAUGAACAGUGUAUUCAAGGUUGUUCUGGACCUGGUCCAGAAGAUUGUGUUAAAUGUAGAAAUUAUCAAAUUAUCUUGGAUGAAGAAACGAAUAAAGGUGAUCAAUAUGCAAUCAAUUACUUUCACAACACAAAUUCAGGUUCUGGGAACUUUUCUUCUGAGUCUCAUGAACUCCAACCGAUGUUGUCCGUACGCGGGGUCCCUGAUGGAGGUACAACGCCACACAGGAAUAAUAGUUUACACCGUCAUCAUACUAUGUUAACAGAACCAAGUAUGACUAGACCUUAUUCUUCAGGAAAGCUACUUCGAGCUUUAUCUGACCAGCCUAGUGAAAGAUCUGAUCCAUUUUCCGUUGGUCAGACUGAUGAACAUACAGAAACACAACUUUUGCUACCCAUUCGAUCAAAUAAUGGUAACGCUGGAAACCAUUCUACCUGGCAAUCACGGCAGCAUGGAGUUGGAACUAGAGGUUUGUCAAAUACCUCUGAUACAAAUUUUUCAGGGCUAGGUAGAAUAUGGAAGAGAUCAAAUUUUCAUGACAAAGUCAACUCAGAUAGUAUAAGUUUGGUAAAACAACACAAGGCUCCUUUGGCUUCCCGAGAGGAUUCUUGGUUAAACGAUAUUCCUAGACAGUCAGAUCAUCCUGAAUCAAUAAGUUCUGUUGCUUUAUCUGAACCAGCUACUGCUUCUACCACUACUAAAACUUCCGAAUGGUCAGGAAUAUCACCUUCUUAUAAUAAAUCACGCAAUCAUUCCAAUUUUGGUGGUAAAAAUUUAGAAGAAAUGAGCACUAAAUUCAGCCCGCGCACACAUGACAAUUCAUCAAACAGUUUUAGAAAAAAUACUGUUUCAGACUAUCUGCUUGAGCCACCACCGCCACCGCCUGUACCACGUGGCUUACCAGAUGACUAUUUACAACCGAAGACUAAAAAUCCUUCAAAUAUAUCAAACGCAUACAGUAGUGCGCCGUCAAAAUCAAUGAAUUAUACCGAAUUGGGCCCACCGAUGGUUACCAAUGCUUCUACUACUAGAGAUGAAUACUUAAGUCCGAAUAUGCAGCCACCAGAAGAAUACUUAUCUCCAAUAUCCAGUGGAUUUAGCGUAACCAAUCCAGAGUAUUUAAUGGAAACAUACGGUCAUCCACAUCAAUACCCAGAGCCAAAUACAUUAAAACAAAGCACAAAUCCUGCUAGCGAUUCAAAUUCCCCGCUGAAAUUGCAGGAUAAAACAAACCAAAAGUAA